CGCACUGAAAAAAUAUUAUUUGUGCCUUGAAAUAGCACCUUUAUCAUUGCGACUCGAAAAUAUGUUUAAGCUAUUUGUAAGGAGAUUAAUUUCAUUGAUGUCCAUAUAUGUCCUUACUAAGAUAAGUAAUAUGGUACACGUUUUAUACUUAUGUCCUGCGCUUUAUGCUCGCAAGACAGUUUAGCAAUAUUUAUUCAUUUGCCUCAUAAUUCACACAAAAAACCAAAUAUCUCAUUUUUAGGCUUCUCCUGAAUCCGAAUCAGAUGAACAGACGCCACUCACCAGGAAAGAAGUCAACGGGGCUCCAUUCCAGCCAUCCACCCAAAUAUCCAAUGUCGGCUCAUCACAGACACUCGAUGAAAUUCAAGAAGAUGAUAUAACGUUGGCGAAAAACCUCUUAUGUCAACUAGACAAAGGCAAGUGCCGAAGGCAAGUGUCGAAGAGAUAUGCUCCUCUCGGGUCGUUAAAAGAAUAUCUACACGAUUGGAAGCCAUGCAUAAUUCUUUGAAGAAUCAACGCACCGCAGUUCUUUGGUUGAGCUAUAUGUGAAUGAUUGACAUCUUACAGAAAUCUAUCAAGGCAGAGAGAACAGGAAACUGGGACCUUCAUCUCCAAUCGGUUUUGGAUAUGCUACCCUACUUUGCUGCCUCUAUGCAAAAUCCACUUAUAUCUAUCUCCAGAAGAUGAGAGAACUAGAGGCAAAACAUCCGUCUGUGUAUGAAAGUUUUCAAGAAGGGUUUCAUGUGGCCCGUAGAAGCAACAGGCACUGGGCGGGACUGUCAACCGAUCUAAUGAUCGAGCAGGUGUUGAUGCGUAGCGUUAAAACGAGUGGAGGACUGACCCGUGGGAAGGGAUUAACUGAGACGCAGCGCUUGGUCUGGCUUAUGUCAAUGCCUGCUUGCGCGGAAGUAAAUGAUGCAAUGCAGAGCCUUACUGGUGUGAGAUACCGCACGAGUGAGCAACAUAAAGAUUCAACUGAAGCGAGGAAGGCCCGGGGCUACGAAGACACACUUGUAGUACUCGACUUCUUAACAGAAAGAAAUCCAUUUUCACAGGAUACUGCGCUGCGAUGUAUUACAACCGGGGUGACAGCAGAAGAGCAACUGAUACUGCUAUCAAUGAAAGGCAAGAACACAACUGAAUAUACCUUCCGCAAAAAGGAGGAGGCAGUAACACUGGCUUCAAAAAUAUCCGUCAAAGUUGGUGAUUCCACCAUUCAGAUCGACCCCCAGCUUUUAUUCCAAAGACUUAGCUUCGUAGCAACUGGUGGAAACUAUGGCGAUCCUAAGGCAUUUUUUGAAUAUGAGAUGUGCAGUUUCCCACCCUUGUUAUUUGAUUCGUCUCUUCUUCUAAGAAAAGCUAAGAAACCUGUUCUCGCUGAUGCAAUCUGGGUGCGUACUAAAGACCAUCAAACUUCACAGCCACCAUCCCGACCUAUACACUAUGUACUAGAUGGCGGAUCGCUCCUUCACAGAAUCCCCUGGCCCAGAAAUGAGACUUUUGUCCGAUCUUAGGUCCGAUAU